GAGUAUUUUAUUGUUAUUAAAACAUGUAUCGGUUGAAACCUGUAUUUAGUGUUCCUUUAGAAAUUAAGAAUACAUGUUCUAUGUACAAGUUAAAAAAUAUCCAAGAAAGUGCUAUGAACUUUUUAAAUAAAAACAACGAAGCCAAGAGAGGUAAAAAAGAAUUAAAAUCAAGUAAUACUUUAAUAAAAUGUCUGUAAAAUUUGCAUCAUUUUAGAAAUUGAUAUUGAUAAUGUUUGAAUCUUUUUCUUUAAACAAACUUUAUUUUCUUCCUGUUUAUCUACUUUUUGAAUUUUUGAGUAUAAACGAAGAGAUAAAAUUAACUGGUAAAGACAUAGAAUUAAUAUUACAAAAACAUAAUGAAGUACUAAAAACAUUAGAAGAACUCGAAAUUAGAGUUAAUAAUUUGGAUCCUCAGUUUACUACAUCAAAAAAUUUGACAUCUUCAUUGAGUAAAGAACAAGUACCAGUAACAAAUAAUGAUAAAGUUGCUAUUAGGCAAUAUGUAAAAUUGUCACCCUCUGAAAUCAACAAAAAACUAGAACAAUUAACCAAAACUGAUACUGUUAUAUUCGCUGAUCCAAAAGAUCCACCAUAUUCCUUAUUAGCAUUUCCAUUUUUGUGGCCGUCAAUUUGUUGGGACAUUUCUUACCAUGUUCAUUCUACACUUACUAUGGAUUGUAAAAAAGUACUUGGAAUAUUAAACAUGUUUAAAAAUUUUCAAUCUAAAAAUAUAACAAAAAUAUCUGUUAAACUGAUAGUAAUUUGGAAAAAUGUGAAAUUGGGCACAACUAUUAUAAGAUCUCCAUCAAACUCAUUUAUUGGCGAGGUUUCUUUAUUGCGUUUAUUUUAUCAAUAUUUGGCAACAGAAUCAUUAUUUAUAAUUGAUCAAGUAAAUUUUGAUAAAGAAAUGGAUUUAAUACAUUCAAUUAAAUUUUCCUCGGACGAUCGCUUAUCUGAAUUAUGUAAUUUAAUUGAUCCAACCUCUUUGAAAUUAGAUAUAGGAAAAGUUGCAAUAUGGUCAUUACUAAACAAUAAAAAAGAGAAGUGUCCAAAAUCAAUUGAAAAAUGGUUUGAAAAAAUAACAAAAAUGAUUUUAUCCUAAAUAUUACAUUAAUAAUUGUUUAAUAAUUUUAAUGAAUACAAUUAUCAGUAUACUGAAUUA